GGCGAGCGGGCGGGCGGGCACGGCGGGUUCCGGGCCAGCCCCGGGGGCGGACGGUUGGCCGGGCUCGCGGAGCCUAGCCGAGGCCUUGCCGGAGCUGGGCCGGGCUGCAGGGGCCGUCGCCGCCCGGGCCCGCCGCCCGCGCCCCCCACGCUGGCCCAGAGGGCUGCGGCCGCGUCGCCGCUGAGGAUGUCCCGGAAGGGGCCGCGAGCGGAGGUGUGUGCGGACUGCAGCGCCCCGGACCCCGGCUGGGCCUCCAUCAGCAGGGGUGUGCUGGUGUGUGACGAGUGCUGCAGCGUGCACCGGAGCCUGGGACGCCACAUCUCCAUCGUCAAGCACCUUCGCCACAGCGCCUGGCCCCCCACUCUGCUGCAGAUGGUGCACACACUCGCCAGCAACGGGGCUAACUCCAUCUGGGAGCAUUCCCUGCUGGACCCCGCGCAGGUGCAGAGCGGCCGGCGCAAAGCCAACCCCCAAGACAAAGUCCACCCCAUCAAGUCAGAGUUCAUCAGAGCCAAGUACCAGAUGCUGGCUUUUGUGCACAAGCUGCCCUGCCGGGACGACGACGGAGUCACCGCCAAGGACCUCAGCAAGCAACUCCACUCGAGCGUGCGGACGGGAAACCUGGAGACGUGUCUGCGCCUGCUGUCCCUGGGUGCCCAGGCCAACUUCUUCCACCCAGAGAAGGGCACCACACCGCUGCAUGUGGCUGCCAAGGCAGGGCAGACGCUGCAGGCCGAGCUUCUUGUAGUGUACGGGGCUGACCCUGGCUCCCCUGAUGUUAACGGCCGCACACCCAUUGACUAUGCCAGGCAGGCGGGGCACCAUGAGCUGGCGGAAAGGCUAGUCGAGUGCCAGUAUGAGCUCACUGACCGGUUGGCCUUCUAUCUCUGUGGACGCAAGCCGGAUCACAGGAAUGGGCAUUACAUCAUCCCACAGAUGGCAGACAGAUCGCGGCAAAAGUGCAUGUCUCAGAGCCUAGACCUGUCCGAGUUGGCCAAAGCUGCCAAGAAGAAGCUGCAGGCGCUCAGCAACCGGCUUUUUGAGGAACUCGCCAUGGACGUGUAUGACGAGGUGGAUCGAAGAGAAAAUGACGCUGUGUGGCUGGCGACCCAAAACCACAGCACCCUGGUGACAGAGCGCAGUGCCGUACCCUUCCUGCCCGUUAACCCUGAAUACUCAGCCACGCGGAAUCAGGGGCGACAGAAGUUGGCCCGCUUUAAUGCCCGAGAGUUUGCCACCUUGAUCAUCGACAUUCUCAGUGAGGCCAAGCGGAGACAGCAGGGCAAGAGCCUGAGCAGCCCCACAGACAACCUCGAGCUGUCUGUGCGGAGCCAGAGUGACCUGGACGACCAGCACGACUACGACAGCGUGGCCUCGGACGAGGACACAGACCAGGAACCCCUGCGCAGCGCCGGUGCCACCCGGAACAACCGUGCUCGGAGCAUGGACUCCUCAGACCUGUCGGAUGGGGCCGUGACACUGCAGGAGUACCUGGAGCUCAAGAAGGCCCUGGCCGCCUCCGAGGCAAAAGUGCAGCAGCUCAUGAAAGUCAACAGCAGCUUGAGUGACGAGCUCCGGAGGCUGCAGCGGGAGAUCCACAAGCUGCAGGCCGAGAACUUGCAGAUCCGGCAGCCGCCGGGGCCAGUGCCCACAGCCCCACUCCCCAGCGAACGAGCGGAGCACGCGCCCAUGGGGCCUGGCGGGAGCACCCACCGCAGGGACCGCCAGGCCUUCUCCAUGUAUGAACCGGGCUCUGCCCUGAAGCCCUUUGGAGGCCAACCUGGGGAUGAACUCACCACCCGGCUCCAGCCUUUCCACAGCACCGAGCUGGAGGAUGACGCCAUCUAUUCAGUGCACGUCCCUGCUGGCCUUUACCGGGUUCGGAAGGGGGUGUCGGCCUCAGCUGUGCCCUUCACUCCCUCCUCCCCACUGCUGUCGUGCUCCCAGGAAGGAAGCCGCCACACGAGCAAGCUUUCCCGCCAUGGCAGCGGCGCAGACAGUGACUAUGAGAACACGCAAAGUGGGGACCCGCUGCUGGGCCUGGAAGGGAAGAGGUUUCUAGAGCUGGGCAAGGAAGAGGACUUCCACCCGGAGUUGGAAAGCCUGGAUGGAGACCUCGACCCUGGGCUUCCCAGCACAGAGGAUGUCAUCCUGAAGACGGAGCAGGUCACCAAGAACAUUCAGGAAUUAUUGCGGGCUGCCCAGGAAUUCAAGCAUGACAGCUUUGUGCCCUGCUCAGAAAAGAUCCAUUUGGCUGUGACUGAGAUGGCCUCUCUCUUCCCAAAGAGGCCAGCCCUGGAGCCAGUGCGCAGCUCCUUGCGGUUGCUCAACGCCAGCGCCUACCGGCUGCAGAGCGAGUGCCGGAAGACAGUGCCCCCGGAGCCUGGCGCCCCUGUGGACUUCCAGCUGCUGACUCAGCAGGUGAUCCAGUGCGCCUAUGACAUCGCCAAGGCUGCCAAGCAGCUGGUCACCAUCACCACCCGAGAGAAGAAGCAGUGACCACUCUCCCUGCACCCUCACCCGCACCCUGGGACCUCACUGGCUAUGGGAGCUGGGCCACUCCAGACACUAAUCCCUACCCCAACAGAGCCGCUGGCACAAGUGCCCUUAGUGCUGCCACUCUCACCUGGCAGCCAGGUGCCCUGGUGCCUGUCCCCCUUGAGCCCCCAAGGAUGGGGAGAUGAGGUGGCAGGAGCUUCUGUCCCCUACAUUCCAUGCA